UUACUAGUCACUUCGCAGUCAUGAUGCAAGGUAGCUCAUCGUUCUCCAGGGAGACUUCACACUAAACGCCCGACCAAUAAUCAUAUUUCUACAUACUUCAGAAAUGAUCCGAAUCGACAACACCCAAUACUUCCACUUCCUGCAGCAGGCCGAUGCCUUGCGCCGCUCCGGGACACUCUGCGAUGCCAUCAUCUCGGUAAAGAGUCAGACUUUCAGGGCUCAUCGGUUAGUUCUCGCCUGUGCAAGCAGAACGUUGGCACAGCAGCUAGCCCACGGAGACGUCGACAGCCCGGUGCACUGCGCUCUGGAGUAUUUCUCGCCCCACACCUUCCAGCAAGUCCUGGACUUCACCUACACCGAAUCCCUGGAGGUGUCCCCGGAUGAUCUGCGGCUUCUGCUCAGAGCUGCUCGGCUGCUGGAGAUGCAGCUGCUGGAAGACCAGUGCCGGAAGCGACUGGAUGCUCUCGACUACAAAGCCGGGGAGGAGGACGAAAGCGGGGAGAACACAGAUGUCAAAGAAGAGAAGGAGGAGAGAGAUCAAAUGAAACGUCCAGUUCAUGAAGACAAACUCCAAGAGACAUGUUCCCCAGUAGAGAAAGCACAGGCAGCCGUGGACAACCCUCCCGAUUCUGAUAAAAACCACAACAGUCCACAAUCCCCUAGAAGGAAGCCCAGAUUGUCCCCAACGUCGUACACCAGAGACAGCGUUAUAAGCAGGCCGACCUCUAGCAGCUCCUCUUUCUCUCCUCCCUGGACUUUCUCUGCAAACAUGUGGGACUCGGUGACUACGUUGAGACGAAUAGCACAAAACUACUCAAACCUCAUCGCAGCUCACCCACUUCCGUCCCCGAAUCAGUCCUCAGUACCGUACCCAUUCUCCCUCUCCACUCCCCACAUGUUGCCCCUACUGGGUCCCCAUUUCCAAACCCCAGGUCAGAACUCUGUAAUGGGCUACUCAGGCUUUCAUCCCCGUUAUACGCAAAACCUUUACGCCGGAUCUACACGGAUGGGCAGCAUCAUCAAACAAGGCCUGCUGAAGAGAAAAAGGCCCAACCAGAGAGUGUUCACCGGGACAAGCGUUCAAACUGGUGAGCCAAGUUACCCUGAAGCGGCCAAAGCCAGCACAGAGAGAGUUAAAGGCUGCCAGCACUGCAGUGCAGCUCUCCUCGAUGAUCCAGUGCUGCGGGAGUCAGCCUCCACACAAUUAGGUAAAGCCUGCGCAGGGUGUCGCUUCUGCGGAAGAGGAGAUGCGGUUCAGCGCGAAUCCGAGACCAGAGGUGACCCCAGAGGAGAAAAACCCUACCAGUGCCAACACUGUCCCAAGAAGUUCAGUCUGAAGCAUCAGCUGGACACGCACCACCGCGUUCACACCGGGGAGAAACCCUUCGAGUGUCGCAUCUGUGGUCAGCGUUCGCGGGACUACUCAGCCAUGAUCAAGCACCUGCGGACUCACGGCGGCGCGGCGCCCUACCGGUGCACGGUGUGCCUGGAGUUCUGCAGCAGCCUGGUAGCCAUGCAGAGACACGUCAAGACCCACGCAGUGCAGGACUUCCCCCCCGACUGGAGCAUCAACAGCACCUACCUGUACAUCUCCCACAUCUGAGCUCCGGAUCUGAAGCCUUCAUCUUUACCAAGUUCUCAUAGCGGAAGCUCCUGUUUGUGCCUCUCAUGUCUUGUCAUUAGUAACACCGUGGUGAACAUUUUGUUUUGUUUUGUUUGUUUAAGCGUUAAUUCCUGAUAAUGACUGAAAAACCCAGAAAGCCAUUGAACAACACAGUUUGAGGUAACAAUAACACAUGAGCACAAACUGAGGCGUAGCAGUAACUUCUACACAUACUGAAACUGUUCUGUGUUGACAUUCUCAGGUACAGAACAGACAAGUGCAGCACUAAUUUCCAAUAACAUGUCAGAAAAGGUAUUGAAAGUGUAUCAUCUAUUCUAUCAAAAAGCCACAUCAACAGAUUAUCCUCAUCGAAUGACGCAGGAAUUUUCCCUCUUACUUUCAGAAUUUCUUGACUCCUUGUGUAGGCUUUGCAGCGUUGACCCUGGUUUAUAGCGCCCUCCUGAGGACAGCCACUGUAAUAAACAACUUGGGUUUUUUUUUCUGCAUUAGUGCUCAAAAGUGCAAUGGGGACCAGUGACUGCACUAUUACAUUUGCAGCGGGACAAAAGAGAAGUUUAGGUUUUCUGUUAAUCAGAAUCUGUCCGGGGGAAGAAAAAAAAAAAAAAGGAAUCUCAUAUCCAUAUGUAUCAUGGUGCAUUAGCAUUUCAAUGAUGUAUUUAUUUAAUCCUUUAAACAGUAAGUUUGCUUUAGUUUCUGCAGAAAGGAGAUUCCUCCAAAGUCGGUUAACUUUGAGCGGUGGCUCUGCUUAAGAGAAAAAUCCCACAAGUGAAAACACUGUGAAGUUAAAAAAGGGCAAAACUUUACCAAAGAUGUCACUUGACAGCUCAUUAAUUUGGCCAAACGGAGUGUGAAGAGAAAAAUGGAGCUUUUGCAGCUAUAUGUGUCUACAAAAAAAAAAUAAUAAUAAUAAUAAUUUUUUUUUAAAUUUAAAAACGACUGAAAAAAAUAAUCCCCAUUUAAAAUAAUGGAAUCAUUAAAAUACAUUUUCCUGCCUUCAUUUUACAUGACAACCUGCAUAUUUUUUUGGCUUUUUAUUGUUAUAUAUAUGUUUUACUAUAUAUAUUUAUUGCUUUUAUAUAUUAGCUAGUUAUAUAUAUAGUUAGAUAGACUAGUAGACUUCUGGAUUCUCUGCAUGUACAACAUUUUGUUAAUAUUACUAAUUGUAUUUCAUUUUAGAAAUACAUUUUAUAUUUACAGUAAUAAACAAAUAAAUAAUAAAAUAAAAUAAACUUGCUAAUACGUACAUGUCUUUUCAUGUCACUUUCAAAUUUCUUCAAAAAUGGAAAUUUUAUGGUUUUUCAGUUACGGCUUUUUAAAGUCUUUUUUUUUUUUUAAAUGAUCAAUUAAAGACUUUAAAAAGUUAAAUUAAACACUUUUUAUAGUCUAGCUAGUGACAAUUAUCCACUGCUUUCUUUUCCUUCCAUUUGCAGAUAUUCUGCAUUGUCAGUCACUGAUGCUAAAACUACAAAGGCAUGGACAUACUGGAAAAACAUGUGUCUUAAAAGCAUUACCGAGUGGUGUUUAGCAGCUGACAUAGCUCUGUUAAAGCAAGUUAAAUGACGUUUGCAGUCUGUGACAAUGACCGUUGCUUCCUGGAGGAGCUCUCUGUACAGCUUUCGGGCCUGUUUCCACUGAAAGACAUCUCUGGAUUUGUACAGCAUUGUCUUGAUUUUUAUGGGUGAGAAAACAAAUGUUUUAAUCAUUUCUCAUUUAUAGGCUUUAAUGGAUCGGUAUGUCUUGUCUUAGAGACGACUAAUGCAUCAAAUAAACAAGCUUACAAGCA